AGGUGGCCGAUUGCAACAGUUGAGCCACGGCCGUGAGCAAAACAAGAACAGUGCCAACGCCAGCGAAAAAAGACCCAAGUUGUGACUAGUGGAUAUCCGUGUUUUAGCUAUGUAGAUUGACACAAAGUGCACCAUGAUAAGCAAAGUGUUUUGACCUACGACAACACAUCGAAGAAAACGCAACAUCAAAAAAACAACACCAAAUAAAGCAACAAAAUCACACACAAAAAACAGAAAAGCAUGAAGAAAGUCACUGACAUCAGCGGGUUUCCCGAGGGACCGGAGGAGGACGCCCAGGAGCAGCAGGCCAGCGUGGAAAAGCUGCUGAAGCUGACGGAGAACGACACCAACCUGACUGUGGACAGCAUCGAGUGUUUGCCCGGAAGCCAGCAAGGCGAUAACUACAUGUCGAUUAUCAAGCGCAUUUUGGUCCGCGGAAAACGGCGCUCGAGGACGGCCAAGAAGAGCAAAGAAUUCUUCAUCUCGCUGAUCUACAAGCGCCAGAUUGCGAGCCUCCAGCGGCGGAAGCUGUUCCGGGCGGACGAGGCGUUCGCGAACGAAAUCAACGCGUACACGGCCCUGGUUCCGGUGCUGCAAAAGUUUUCCCGCGACCGGUUGCCCUUUCCGGCGUGCGUGUACGCGGGGGCGGACGCCGAAGGUGACCUGAUCGUGCUGGAGGACUUGUGGCGCACCGGGUUCCGGAUGGUGGACCGCCGGAAGUGCCUCAGCUAUCGGCAGUGCCGGACGGUGAUGAGGGAACUGGCCAACUUUCAUGCGGUGUCGCUGGCGAUGAAGCAGGUUCAACCGGUGCUGUUUCACACGAUGAAGGAAAAGGUCACGGAGAUCGUGUACACGGAUGAGGGAGCCGAGUUCUACACGCACUCGUUGCAGACGUCUCUGAGGGGAACUUUGGACAGUUUGCAUUAUAGCAAUAAAAACGGAGCGUUGGAUGGGGCGAUAAAGGCCAUCGAGAGGUUGAAUGGCCGGCUGUACCAGAUCAUGUCGACGGCGGUUCGGAACAGUCACGAGCCGUGGAAGGUGCUCUGUCACGGAGAUACCUGGGUCAAUAACUUGAUGUUCAACGAAAGCCACGAUAAGGUGAAGUUGAUUGAUUUGCAAACCAUGCGGUACACGAGUCCGGUGCUGGACAUUCUGCAUCUGCUGUACACCAGCACAGGGGCUGAAGUGAGGGCGAAUCACACCGACGAGCUGAUCCACAGUUACCAAGAAUCUCUGAUCGACGCACUUCGAGUUUACGUUCCGACCCAGAAUCGGUUCGUUUUGCCCGACCUGGAGGCCCUCUUCAGCUAUGCCAACAUUCGCGCCGAGUACAACUCCCGGAUCUUGUACGGACUGGGCAUUGCCAUGUGGCUCUUGCCGGCCGUCACGUUCCACCCUGACCACAUUCCAGAUCUUGAUAGUGUUACCAUGAACGAUUUUAAGACAAAGAACCACGAGAAAACGAUCGCCCAAAUGCUUUCUCCAGAUUAUCAUCAUCGAAUGCGGGACACAGUUCUCGAAUUUUACCACAAAGGAAUCCUAGAAACAAUUUAAAUCUAGUAUUAUUCUAAAAUAAUCGCGCAAAUGUGUAUACAAAAAAGGGGAUAAACACCUAACCAAUCUAUUCGCCACAAGUAACAGAAUAAACCGCUUAAACUAAUGGUACACAAACAAUUAGCUAGUCAAAUGGUGUUUAAAAUAGAACAAAUCAACAAAAAAAACAGUAACCAAAUCAAAUCUCGUUAGUCAAAUAUGCCCAAAUAGAGGAAGCAAACUAAAUACAAACUUAAACUAAUCGCCGCGCUAUCGCGCAGAGCCACAUUUUGCAAUAGUUUUCGUUAUCACUCACCAAGCGAGUGCAAGCAAGCAAGCUCGCGACGCCUUACACAACACUAGAAGAAAACUGAUAGCAAUCGCAGGUUUAGUUUAAUCCAGACAACACGGAAGAAAAGCAGUAGGGCACUCCGGUUCCGCGAUCGUGCAAGGACUUACGGGGCGAACCUGAACCUAUCUCGCUCGCUUAUCAGGUGGGGCGCGUGUGCCGGGUUAGUGGACUUUCUGUUAGAGUCAACAGGAAAAAGAAAGUAUAGUUACCAGACGUUGUUUAGGGUUUUUGUAGGUUUGUUGAUGAUUAGAUGUGCAACAUUGUUACCACUUGAAGUUUGUUCUAAUCACGACGGUAUACGUAACAUGUGCAAAGAGCAGAUGAAUAAAGAUGCAAAUAUUAUUACUAGAAGAA